AUGUCCUUCUCUAUGCGCCUCCCUGCUCGUCUGAUCGCUGUCCGCCCGGCACCCGUCGCGCGCGUGUACGCCCGGGCUAUGUCUUCCGGUUCCGCUGUCCACGGACAGGACCCCAAGACGCUCGAGACGGAGAAGAAGCGCAACUUGAAGGGCGAGCAGGACUCUUCAAACCCGCACCCAGAACACGCUCCGGGAUGGAACGAGAAGCUUGCUUCUGACUCUGAGGCCGCCGUCAAGGCCGACCAGGCUGCGCCGAGCGGUGGGCCAACAAAGGCAAUGCAGGACCAGACUGUCAAGAAGACACACGACCACCACGGCCAGUAA